AUGGAGUUUACUCACUUCUUUUUUAUUAUUAGAGUUGAGUCUGGUAUCGAUAGAUUGGCAACCUCUAGGGUACAAGCCCCUCCAGGUACACAUAUAUGGGCUCUAAUCCCAGGUUAA